UGAAGUGUAAAUAUUGACAGAAGCUGCAGGUGUAUCAUAUUUUUGUUGCAUUGACUCCAGGAAAUCAUUAAACUAGCGCUUCGCCGUCGUUUUUAUGAUGACUUCUCUGCAAGAUUCAGAUCCAGUUAUACGAGACUACAUGAUUAAACAUUCACUUCCUCAGAUUUACAAGGCUUUGCUUGCUGGGUUAUGCAUCUCAUGCCCUGAGGAUCCUUUGCACUUUAUAGAGGAGAAGAUCCUUUCUAUCCUUGAGGAUCAUGAUUUUGAGAUCAGCUGGCACACAUUUAUUGACAAAGACAAACAGAUCUCCUCCUUGGCAGGAGGCAUUGUGUAUGAUAUAUUUGGAAACCCCGAAGACAGCCUGUGUCUGUCACAUUUGUUGGAGAAAGCGUACUCCUGUUACCGCACCAGCCUGACCAAAAUGUGUUUCACGGGUUGGAAAGGUUAUAUUUCAAAGAAGAAACUGAAGGCUGCCAGACUCCUGGAGAGAAUGGAAGAGGCUGAGAUGUAUCAAAAACAGAGACGGAUAAAACUGGCUUUCAUCAAGUGGACAGCGUGGGUUCAGUUUCGCAAACAGAGGCAGAAUGAUGCCGCGAGGAAACUACAAAAAGUGCAGGAGUCUGUUCACUGCAGAAACAUCAUCACGGCUUGGCGUCACGUUGUGCAGGACGCUAAAAGAACAAAGGAAUACUUUAAGAGGCUAGAGAGAGAUAUACAAGAAAGUCAGAACUCAGAGAUGACACAAGGCGAUGGCCAGGACAGACUAUCACUGCUGCCAAACAAGCUGUCUCUUAAGGUCUUCCAGAGUCUAGGUGUGCGUGAGCUUCUGAAAUGUGCUCAGGUGUGUCGUUCUUGGAGAGCGAUCGCUCAGGUCAGCUCACUGUGGACUGAGAUUGAUUUCUCCUCUGAGGCCGGCUGGAUCACAGAUCAGACUGUGGAGAGAAUACUGCGGGUGCAUCGCAUCUAUGUGAUCUCUGUCAACUUGUGCGGUUGCACACUGGUGCAGGAGUCCAGUUUUAGACGCAUCAGUCAAUGCAGAAAUCUUCAAGAACUCGAUCUCAGUGAAUGCUCACAUCUUAAUGAUGAAAAUAUGAAGCUGAUUUUAGAAGGAUGUCGCUCUCUCCUGCAUCUUAAUCUGGCCUUCACUCAUAUUACUAAUGCCACUAUAAGAGUCCUGUCAAGACGCUGUCUAAUGCUGCGGUCUCUGAGUCUUGCAUACUGCACAAGUUUCUCUGAUAAAGGCCUGCAGUAUCUGAGCACAGGAAAAGGCUGCCACAGACUCACGUAUCUGGACCUCUCUGGAUGUUCUCAGAUAUCUGUGGAUGGAUUUACAUAUGUUGCUGAAGCUUGCAGCACACUUCAACAGAUUGUGUUAGACAAUCUACCCACCCUGACUGACAACUGUGUGCAGGUCUUAGUGUCUAAAUGUCGUAUGUUGACUGCGAUUUCCCUAUUGGACUCACCGUAUCUCUCUGAUGUGGCUUUCAAAACGAUGGCUGAAGUGAUCAGCCUCACCAAGAUCCAAAUAGAAGGUAAUAAUCGAAUGACGGACAGCAGCUUGAAGGCCCUGUGCCGGAGCUCUCUGAAACUCAGUGAGGUCCAGAUGUCUGACUGCACUCAUAUGACUGAUGCCAGCUUGAAGUCUUUAGGAAGUCUGACAAAACUCUGCAACUUAAAUAUCUCAGGCUGUAUCAAAGUGACUGAUAUUGGAAUCCAUUACAUCACUGAAGGAGCAUCUGCUGUUAAACUGCGAGAGCUUGAUCUUUCCUACUGCCCAAAACUUACUGACCUGUCCCUGAAGAGAAUAACUCAGAAAUGUAGCAAGCUGACCCACCUGAGCGUGUGUUUCUGUGAGAACCUGACAGAUAAUGGAUUUGAGUGUCUGGACAAUUGUGCUUCUCUCGUCUCUCUGGACAUCACAGGCUGCAAAAUACAUGACAAAGGACUAGCAGCCUUGGGAACUAACCACAGUCUGAGAAAACUGACCGCAAGUGAAUGUGUUUUCAUAACAGAUAAUGGAAUAAAGAUGUUUUGCCAAAAAUGUAAUCGUCUGGAGCUUUUGGAUGUGUGUCAGUGUGUGUGUCUGUCUGAUCGAGCCAUCAAAGCCCUCUCCUUUAUCUGCAGGACCAUUGCCACAGUCAGAAUAGCUGGAUGCCCUAAACUGACAGAUACAGCAGUGAAGUACCUGACAAGAGUUGGUCACUUCCUGAAGGAGCUGGACGUGAGUGACUGUCCUCUCCUGACUGACCGCACACCUUCCUUUCUUCUGUGCAGCUGUCCGCAGCUGCGGUCCAUCAGCAUGCUCUACUGCAAGAACAUCUCCAAACAGGCUGCUCUGAAACUGCAGCACCGUGUGCAACACUGGAAACACAGUAACGAUGACGCCCCCUACAGUCAGCACUAACUACUACAGCUCAACCUGAUCUGGACCAACUGGAGAAACAAAGACAUUACAAACUGACAUUACCUACACUGUGGAAAAAAAUUGACAUAUAUCGGAUUUCAUAAGAAAUCACUUUUUUAGCCUUUUUGCACAAGUAUGAAUCUUUAGUUACAAAAUAUUGAAAAGUACUAAGCCACUGAAGGGGCUGACAAAAAGGUUUGGAAUUCCUUUAUCAAACCAAAGUUUUUGGCAUUUAAAUCUUUUUGGCAUUGGCUAUGAAAGAGGAAAUGUUUUAUAAGAAUGGAAAUUCAUAUAAACUAGAAAAUAUAGGACACUUCAUAUAUAGAAAUGGAAUGGAACUAUGAUAUAUUUCACAAAACCAAUUUAAUAAGAAAUUAAAGAAAAUGGCAUCAGUUUGAAAAAUACCAAACUUUAUAAUCAGGAUCGAAUGCUGUAUUAUUUUGUACUCUCUUAAUAUUGUUUGGGUAUUGUUAUGACAAAGAAAUA